CACAAAAUCAGUUCACACAUCUCUCAGUAUGGCGCGUCUAAAGCUAAAGAAACUCGAGGAGUAUCUGCAGUGUGUCGAUGGCUUUGAGAAGCCAAAGAUUCUACUGGAACAAUACCCCACUCCACCGCAUAUAGCCGCCUGCAUGACGCACCACAUCCAAGCCCAACACGACGACAUCGAGGGCAAGCUGGUAGCUGAUCUCGGCUGUGGCUGUGGCAUGCUCAGCAUUGGUGCAACACUGCUCGGAGCUCAGCUCACUGUUGGCUUUGAGCUGGACGAUGCUGCUGUCGACACGUUCCGGCAGAAUGUCAUGGAUAUGGAGCUACCCAAUGUGGACUGUGUGCGCUCGAAUGUACUACAGCUGCCGGGCAGUAAAUGGGACAAUGUCUUCGAUACGGUUGUUAUGAAUCCUCCCUUUGGUACCAAGCACAAUGCCGGUAUGGAUAUGCGUUUCUUGGAGGUGGGCACACGUCUAGCCACGGCAGCUGUCUACUCUCUCCACAAAACAUCUACACGUGCAUACAUUCUGAAGAAGUGCAAGGAGUGGGGCGCUCAGGGCAGCGUUGUUGCCGAACUGCGCUAUAAUAUUGAGUCCAGCUACAAAUUCCACAAGCAGAAAUCUAAAGAUAUUGAGGUGGACUUUUGGCGCUUUGAUGUUAGUGAACUGUAACUUAGUUGAUGGAUUAGUUAAGAUUUAAAUUUGAUGCAUUUUUUGAAACAUUUUAAUAAUAUAAUUAAAGUGACUAAAUGAUUUAUAAA